CCUUCCUGUACGGCUACACUGUCACCUUCUCCUGUAACACCGGGUACGUGAUGUCUGGGUCCAGUUCCAGGACGUGUCAAUCUAACCAACAGUGGAGUGGUUCACAACCAUCUUGUGGCCGAGUCUCUUGUCCGACCCUUUCCGCACCAGCCCAUGGUUCCAUAUCGGGUAGCCACUACUAUGGAGACAGGGUGACGUUUAGCUGCAGUGCCGGUUACUUCCUCCAGGGGAGCUCUUCACGCACCUGUCAGUCCAACCGACAAUGGAGCGGCACCCAGCCUACAUGCCAAAGGAAGAGCUGCCCUACGCUGACUGCUCCGGCCGAUGGUAACAUACAGGGAACAACUUUCCUCUAUACGGACGUUAUCACCUUCUCAUGUAACACUGGGUACGAGCUGAGUGGAUCCCCGAGUAGGGAGUGCCAAUCUAACCAAGUUUGGAGCGGUUCGCAGCCGAGGUGUAACCGGAAACUUUGUCAAGAACUAUCAGCCCUGAAUAAUGGACAAGUCUCCGGUGGCCAUGCCUAUGGUGACGUGGCCACUUUCACAUGUAAUACUGGCUACGAACUGCAAGGGGACGCCACAAGGACGUGCCAAGCUGACCAGCAGUGGAGCGGAGCUCAGCCAGUUUGCGCAAGAAAAGCUUGUGUCACUCUGGACCCUCCAGCCAACGGUGCUGUAUACGGAGGCCACUUGUACGGCGAUACAGUUACGUUCACCUGUGAUGUCGGGUACCAGAUGACGGGGGCUUCCACUGUAACGUGUCAGGAUAUACAGACCUGGACUGCGGGAUCACCAACGUGCGAUAGUUAG